CUCCCAAACUUCGCUGUCGCAUCGCAUCGCCCUUGUUGUUCCUGGACAGACAGCCUACAUCGCCGAUUCGGUGCCCUUGUUCGCUACAACACCGACCCGCGCCGCGUUCAACGCAACUCGCCGACCGAAUCUUCGCGCCUUUCCUAGCAGACCCAGCAGGCCCAAUUGACCCAACAAACUCGUCGCAACAAUGGCGCGCAUACAGAUCCCGAUAGACGUCCUGACGUCGCGCUUGAACAUUCAGGACCGCCUCGCUAGCAUGCGCUCCGGGUCGCUCGCCAGCCGCUUUUCCAACCUUCGCCCGAUCUCCGAGUUCUUCGACGUGAAGCGCGUCAACAAGCCGGCCAAUUUCGCCGAGAUGCAGUCGCGCGUCAACUACAACCUCGGCCACUUCUCGAGCAACUACGCGGUCGUCUUCGCCAUGCUCUGCAUCUACAGCCUGCUGAGCAACUUCUUGCUUCUCUUCGACAUCAUCUUUGUCGUCCUGGGCAUGUACUUGAUCGGCAAGCUCGACGGCCGCGACCUGGAGGUCGGCCAGCAGCGCCUCACGACGGUGCAGCUGUACACGGGCAUGUACGUCAUCGCCAUCCCGAUCGCGCUUCUCUCGGGUGUCUUCGGCACCAUGAUGUGGUUGAUCGGCGCCAGCGGCGUGGUCAUUCUCGGCCACGCCGCCCUUUUGGACAAGCCCAUCGACGAGGCUUUUUCCGGGGAGGCGGUUUAGGUGGUCGGCCGCGAGCUCCCAAACAUGCGCCCCAAUGGGGAAGACCAUCGAGGCGCGGGAGGAGGAUACACGAGGCGCGCAACGGGGAGGAGGGCGGUUGGUGGGAUCUGGGCCAGCGGGUUGUGGAGGAGCUGGAGAGCGACGAGGACUUUGAUUCGCGCGGCGUUGGGUUGACUUCGAACGCAUUGGGCCAUCGGUUUGUUAGCGAUUCGCUUCGAUUCACGGGGAUAGACUUGGGCGACAGGGACGGUAAAACUCGAUCACGGAAGGCGUUUGCACAGCAAAAUGGGGAGGACGGUGACGAAACUUCGGACGACGACGAUUCGGACUCGGAGCAAGACUCGGAUGAUGGAGAAGACGGCGUCCGGCUACCUCUGCUGGACCCGGAGGAGGAGGCUCUUGCCGACGCUGCGAUGGCACGGAUACGGCGGGCGCAAGCCAAGGGCAGGAAGGAUGUCAAGUUAAGCAAAGAGGAAUUGGCGGCCUACCAGCGGCGACUACAGCGCAUGGAGGUCGAGGAACGCAGACAACGACGGGAGCAGCGGGUUGCCAUCCCUCUCUCACAGCUCGAUCCCGGCUCUCGGCCGAAGAAGACGUCGGCGGAUGGCCACUCGUCGCGGCAGCAAUCCUCGCCGGAGCCGGGAGAGGAUCGACCACCAGGCUACCCUCCGAUGGGCUACUUCCCACCGCCAUCCUCUCGCGCCCGGCAACGCUCCGGAACUACUUCGUCAAGACCACCGAGCCGGGCAGCCACCGAGCGGGAACAUAGCUCAUCGCCGUUUACCUAUUCCUACGUCCAUCGCGUGGAACAUCCGACCGCUGCUCGCUAUCCCUCGGAUCCAUUAGCAAGUAGGCCGCUUUCGCAGUCUCUCGGCAGUGGCGCGUCACCCUCUUCGACGGCCGGCCAAUCCCAAGUUCAGAUGGGCCCAUUUCAAUACGCGACGGCUGGCGCGCAGACUUCGUACCCCCCGGGAGGUGGGUCCCUGCGGAACAGUUUCAUCGAAGUCGAUGACAACCGCGCCGGCUACGGCUCAACGGCGCCGCCGACUCGUGCCGCAAGCAGGCGUCGAAGCACCGACCCCAGAGGCAGUUCGCCAUCCAGCGAGGACGAGGAUGAGGACAGCAAGCAACAGGCUCGCGUCAGCAUGGCGGACAGUCGCAGUCGGCCACGGCCACGCGACAGCGUGGACAGCCGGCGGGAUUUAGCACCCGAACCUCGUCCAUCCCGGGACCGCACCCCGCCGCCUCCAAAGAAAUCCUCAUCCUCCGUUCAGUCACCAGUGAAGCGGAAGUCGGUGGUUGGCGGUGCCAAAUCUGGGCGUCGAAAAGGGAAAUAACACGCCUUCUUCUGUUUCUGGGUCUACUUGGCAACUCCUUGUUUCGCAGUGAUCGAGUUUGAGUGUUACCGUGGCGAAUGAUGGUGCAAAAGGCGGCCGGGUUUGGGUUGCAGUGAUAGACUUGUAUCUGAUUCUUUUUUUCUAAUAGCAUACCUUUGGCCCUCAGAUGUUUUCACGAAUGCAAGUAGUUUGUCGGUUCG